UGAAUCUUCUGUAAUUUUACUUACGUCGUAGCCAAGCGUAAUUGCGCGGGUGCAAUAAGAGGCGCAAAAUGUACAUUUUGCUCCAAAAAUGUACGAGUCUCUGUGUAGUGCGGCCUGGUGGUGCGUUGCUAAUGCAUCGAUUGAUUAGUUCCUCCGAAGUGGCCACGGCGCUGCGGCCGUUCUACUUUGCCGUUCACCCGGAUCUUUUCGGGCGCUAUCCUCAGCAGCAACAGGUUAACGAGGACUCACUUAAACAGCUAAGUGCCCACCUGGAAUCACUGCUCAGCCAACGGCGCGUGCUUCCAUCAACACCACGAACGCUGCCGUUUUACAUCCGCACAUCAAAUGAACCGCAGGAUCGAGGCACAUUCCAUUUGAUCAAAGUGCCCCUUGAGCGCACCAUCGACGCGAAAGUGGUGCUCCGUCGAAUACUGGAAUCAUGCAAUUUAUCCACGGAUUUCGUUGACAAAAUGCAGACCACGAAUGCGGCGGCCUCGACACAGACUAGGGCUACAUUCGAUGAAUUCCAGCAACGGCAACAGCAAUCUUUUUACUACAGAAAACGGUCCGAGUACAACUUCGGCAAGGAGCGUGGAACCGACGACGAGAACGAAUCUCCGUUCGAGCAGGAAUUCGAUAUGUUUCAGUUUAGGAUAAAAAAAGUACGGGAAAACGAAACGCUCAAAAAGUGGCUUCGAACGAACGUUGUCACGGCGGCGGUUCGUACGAAAGCUGUUCAGGAGCUGCAGGAAGAAGUAGAGAAAUUGAAGGAGGGCGUUACCAAAAAACUGCAGCUGCGCGAGAUAAUCUACGACUGUGGAUGGAACGUGGAGCACUUUCGGGGUUGCUUGAAAAGUCUUGAAAAGCUAGCAGAGCUCCACCCAGGAGCCAUGGAUGGGUUGAAAGAUCGCACUCUUGUGUUUGCGGCCUUCACUGGCGUCAGUCUUGAGGGCCAUGUGAUGCUAUUUACGGGAGACGUACAAUGGAAUUGGCUAGAAUUAAUCAAAACCAUCGACAAACACGAUAGCUACUUGAGUAAACUUCCAGCUUACGAGUACGCGCUGUCCCAGGUGUUGCGCAACAUCCGUAUCGGUCGGCGGAAGUUUAUGCCGAAAGCGCAAGCUAUGGCGUACGCAUCCCACUUGCGCCGGAUUACGACCACGUUGCUCGAUUACUUGAGCAAAUCAAAGUUCCCCAAGGUGUGGCCAGAAACGUUGUCUCAGUAUGAGCUUGUGGUCGAGUCAGAAGCGGGGCCAUUGAUGGUAAGCCCGACUGGACAAUUGAUCGUUCCAGCCACCUGCCCGGGCUCGUUAUUGGUGGAUUUCCUAUCCACCCAUUUGGCAGAAGCACUGGAAAAACAAAGCUCGUACGACCGGCAAAAGCACAUCGAGCGAGAUCUGCACGCGCGCUGCUUGGCGCAGUUUCGAUUGCUUUCGCUGGCUAAAGAUGACUCUGUAACCCCGGAUCGCAUGAUUGAAUGUCUCGAAAAGCUAUUGGCGAAGGGAACGGUCGCCGAGCUGGAGUUGGCCGAGUUAAAUCUCAACAUCACGACGUAUUACUCCGUGCUGGCAGACGGUACGGUUUGUAUACCCUGGGAUUGGAAGCACUAGUUUUUUCACAAACCCCGUGUGGGGGGCUUCGUAAUGUUGGUCAAUUAUUUGAGACCGUCUGUGCCAUUGUUAUCACUUUUGAGAUUCGAUUCAUGCGUUGCUUUCAAGAAACCGGUGUGUGGCCUGUAGAAAUGUUGUAACGUGUGAAGCAGGACAAUAAAAUGGGGUAACCAAACG